GUUGAUACUGUUGCGGGUCUCUACUGAGCUACCCAGCUGCUGAUCUGCUGCGUAUGUGAUACGGCACAUCACCACUCUCACUACGUACAACUCAACACAGCACACCGACGACAAACGAGUCCGGGGUGUCGACCUACUGAUCCGGACUGAUCAAAACGUCUAGCUUCGAACAGAUCAGCCGUUUCGAGAUAGCUGAGCGAUUGUGAUACAAAAGGCUACACCAAGCCAGCCACUAUUCUUCUUCCAGCUCGGCCCGUAGACCCAUCCGAGGAACGCCGGCCCAAUAUGACCUCUGAUUCUGCAUCAGCCGACUCUGCGGCCCCCGACUAUGACUCCUCGGAAUCUUCAUCGUCCGCCUCAGAAUCGGAACUAUCAUCGUAUGCGAGCGAUAUUGGGAUCCCUUCUGCUGCAUCUAGGGCUAUCGGAGAGAACGAUCUCAUCAUGGGCCUGAUAUACGACCAUGUGCCCAAGCACAAGGGAAGUGACAUACUCAACGGGAUGCUGCUUAGUAAACGGAGAUUCUGGUCGAUUGCAGCCAAGCUCUAUCGGUUAUGUAGCCCGAGCAUUCUAUCAACGAUAUAUGACAGAGGAUGUCCGAUGGACCGUUUUAUCCGUUACUGUGGAUUGGUCGAAAUCAUGCGCGAGCCGCAAACCCGCAAAAGACUCCCGGUCGAAUUGGAUAAUCAUGUCUCGAGAAUCAGAAGAAAUCGAGCUCAGGCGCCGAAUGUCGAAGCAAUUGAGCCCACGGUUGGAAGUCUAUAUCGGGCGAAACAUUACGUUGCUUGCGAUGCCAUUGGAAGAGGAAUCAUGGUAGAGCGCUCGAGUGACAAUCUCGAAUUGGUGAUUCAGCCGUUCACUCGUUCAGAUGGCGUUCACGAUCAUGUGGAACUCGCCGAGGCAACUUGCUCCACCCUUAUCGAGCUCGCGAUAAUCCAGGGAGGCACCCACCUCACCAGCAAGGAGUUCAAGCAUAUCUUGAAGACGGUGGACCUGGCUUCUGGUUAUCCAACCAAUAACCCUUUUGUGAACCUAAGAUCUCUAUCUCUUAGAUGGUCGGCGGGACUGCGCUAUGACACGCACGAAGGUAUCGCCUUGAAAGACGUCGACGUGUUGCUCGAACUCUGCCCCGAACUUCAAGUAUUUCGCUGCCGUUUAAUUUGCGAAGACUCGAUUCAGGCGACGACGUCACGACUCGACAAAACAUUCUCCACUGCAAAGGCAAUGCACGACAUCCACAUCGAGACCUCUGGUCAGCUCGUGGAAUAUUUAAGUGCAAUGGCUCGAUUUCCCAAAGCGACACUGAUUAGUAAUCCCGGACCGGGUAAAAGGCUCAACGAGAUAGUCAUGGGGAAAAUCGGGAUACCGGAGCUUUCAUACCGCCCCAUGCUGCAAUAUCUGGUCUUGGGAGCCUGUCCCGAUGUCACCGACCGGGCCGACCCUUACGCGAUAGCUCGGGUAAUUCAACGGAUGCUUCCUCGACAGUGCGUCGUAUCCUUCAAAGAGGAGUCCGGCUCUAGGCAUGAUUGGUGGGAAGCCAUCAAAUCAACUUUGAGGCUUCUGGUCAAAGAACAUGCGCCUCAGCCCCGCGUGUACGAACCGAUGACACCGGAAGAGUUGGCCGAGGCCCUCAUGAUGAAAAAAGGUUGAGAAAAGUUUAGGUUGAGAAAAGUUUAGGUUGAGAAAAGUUUCGUCCGGCGGGACGCUGAAAAGCGAUUCGAUCCCAGCCUACGGGGAACUUCCUUCCAACGGCCACGUCUCGGGUCUCCUGCAGACGCAACGACAGUUCCCAGAUUCUAGCUUCAUACGAUAGACAAUGCGUUUCACUAAGUACUUCUACGUCGCCCGUAAUGACGGCCAGAACGCGCCGAUUUCUACAUUUCCUUUUAUUUAGAUACUUGGUUCGUCCUGAACCCUCUAUUACCAUCAUAUGGUCGUAGUGACAGUCCGAUUUAUAUAGAAAUAUAGCAGCGAGCAUGUUAUUAUACAAUCCAAAAUGCUGCCAUCAAGAA